GAUAGCAUGAGCAUUUGAAUUCUGUUUUCCAUCUGAAAUACUUGAAGGAACAAACAGACCAGAAGCUUUACAAUGUGGAAUCCAUUGGCGGUUGUUAUUGUUGUGUGUUUAUUACUAUUAGAAGUUUCAGCUUACCCGCAUUGUGGUGUCUCUCACUUAUCACGAAGACCAUGCGGUCGUCCAGCCAUUGACCGGUUUAAUUGCUUACAACGCGGUUGUUGCUACGACAGAAAUGCGGUUCAUAUCAAUAUUCGGUGUUAUUAUAAAGCUUCAACGCUCUCUUUCGGCAACCAAGUGAUCGGGCCUUCAACAACACCAACAUCAACACCGGUUACAACCCAAACCACAUCGGCGGCUCCAUCCGCAAGCCAACUAAUCAUGCAAUCCCUCGCCUUGAUUACUUCUAACGGCGCUGAUUACACGACGGCGCUCGCGUUACUGGCGAGAGAGAUUCUUGGAACGAAUGUUUACAGUACGAUAGAGUUUGCUCAAAAGUAUGGAGACGAUUAUCUACUCUUGCAAAUAAUCAGUGCAGCAGAAGGAAAAUCUCCCCCCAACCAAGCCAAGUUAUUGCACCACGGCGGCGAAAAUGGAUAUCCAGGAAGUCAAGUUCUUUCCCAAUGCAGUCCACAGAACCGGAAUAAUACUUGCGGUAAUCCUUUCUACACAACCAGAUCGAGUUGCCUGCGAUGGAACUGUUGUUGGGACUUCGCUUCAAGAAGUUGCUACCAUUCCACGAAUAACAUUAUUUACAUGAGACGUCGAUGUCCACCUGGUUUUACAAACCCACCAAAAUGCAUUGAAAUAAAUGAAUGUUUGUCAAACCCAUGUAUGAACAACGGUGUGUGUGUGGACAAGAUUAAUGGAUAUAAAUGUAUCUGCCCAAUCUCCCCUGCUGGUCCAAAUUGUGAAAUAUAUUGCGCUACACCCCAAAGUCCCAGAAAUGGAGCUGUGACCCCAGUUAAGCAGUUUUACAACGCAAACGAUAUUGUAAGAUAUUCGUGUAAUGUUGGAUACGAUUUAUUUGGAAGAUCAGAAAAUGUUUGCACAAGAAGUGGGCAGUGGUCGACUUCAACACCCCACUGCUUGGAAGCUUGUGGCAAACCAACCGAUAUCGCAAAUGGUCGAUACUCUCCUGUAUUAACCCCACCAUACUACAAGAUCAACCAAGUUGUAACAUAUGCUUGUGAUGCAAACUAUGUACUGCAAGGAUCUCCUGUUAUUAUAUGCCAGAUAAAUGGACAAUUCACGCAAACACGAGCUUCUUGCAUACCAGUUGUUGUAAAAUGUAGCAACCCACCAGCAUUGUUAAAUGGACAGUUUAUUUCUGCAAUUGAAUACGCUGUCAAUGCACAAGUGAGGUAUACUUGUAAUACUGGUUAUAGACUUGAUAACAGCGAUGUUAUUACGUGUCAAACUAGUGGACAGUUCACUUCACUCACUGCUGUCUGUACUAAAGUUUGUACAACACCACCUACACUGGCCAAUGGGGAUUUUACUGUGAAGAAUAAUGCAAACCAAUAUGAUAUCAACACUGUAUUAACAUAUACAUGCAACAGUGGUUAUCGACUGGAUAACAGCCCAACAAUUACAUGUCAAGCUAGUGGACAAUUUACUGCUUUAACUGCCGUUUGUACUAGAGUUAUAAAAUGCACCAACCCUCCUGCACUGAUGAAUGGACUAUACAGCCCACAACAGAAUUCAUACAGUGUGAAUGAUGUUAUCACGUACACUUGUAAUAAUGGGUACAAGAUUAACAAUAGUCCAACCAUAACAUGCCAAGCUAGUGGACAAUUUACUGCACUUGCUGCCACUUGUACUAAAGUUUGUUCAACACCCCCUACACUGGCCAAUGGAGAUUUUACUGUGAAGAAUAAUGCAAACCAAUAUGAUAUCAACACUGUAUUAACAUAUACAUGCAACAGUGGUUAUCGACUGGAUAACAGUCCAACAGCAACAUGUCAAGCUAGUGGAAAAUUUACUGCUUUAACUGCUGUUUGUACAAAAGUUUGUUCAACACCACCUACACUGGCCAAUGGAGAUUUUACUGUGAAGAAUAAUGCAAACCAAUAUGAUAUCAACACUGUAUUAACAUAUACAUGCAACAGUGGUUAUCGAUUGGAUAACAGUGCAACAGUAACAUGUCAAGCUAGUGGACAAUUUACUGCUUUAACUGCUGUUUGUACAACAGUUUGUUUGAUCCCACCCCCAUUACCCAAUGGAGCAUAUUCACCAACCAGAAACCCUGUAAUUUUUAAUGUGAAUGAAAUCAUUACAUAUACUUGUAAUGCUAAUUUCAAAUUGAAAGGAAGCAACACAGUAAGAUGUGAAACAAACGGUCAAUACACGACACUUGCUGCUACUUGUGCUUCAGAUGAUAAAUGUGGAGGUCCACCUUUACUCACUAAUGGUGAAUACAGUCCUGUGAAGACCCCACUUGAAUACAACAUUAAUGAGAAUGUAGUUUAUACAUGCAACAGUGGUUAUCGCUUGGAUAACUCAGACACCAUAACAUGCCAAGCUGCAAAUCAAUGGUCAACAUUAUCCGCAGUUUGCACAAAAGUUUGUCUCACCCCUCCCACGCUGACACAUGGUUCAUACACCCCUGUAAACAAUCCACUUAAGUAUGAUAUCAACACGGUACUAACAUAUACUUGUGGAAGUGGAUUUCUUCUUGAAAACAGCGACAAAAUAACUUGUACAUCCACUGGACAAUGGUCCGCACUAGCUGCAACAUGCACAAGGGUUUGCACAGCACCUCCGGCGCUUGCUAAUGGAGACUAUUCUCCAAAAAACAACCCAGUUGUUUAUCGCAUUGGUGAUACUGUAACUUACACUUGUGGUAGUGGAUACACUCUCAGCAGCAGUGCUACAAGCACCUGUCAAUCAACUGGCCAAUGGGUGGCUCCUACAGCUACUUGUGUUAAAGUUUGUUUGACGCCACCUUCAUUAACAAAUGGAGCAUACAUGCCCGUCACUGCAGAGUAUGCCGUACAUGCUGUAGUCACCUACACUUGCAACAAUGGAUAUAAAUUAGAGAACGUUAAUUCUAUAUCCUGCCCUGCUAGUGGAACUUGGCCAGCAUUGCCAACUACAUGCACUAGAAUUUGUUCAACACCACCUACACUGGCCAAUGGAGAUUUUACUGUGAAGAAUAAUGCAAACCAAUAUGAUAUCAACACUGUAUUAACAUAUACAUGCAACGGUGGUUAUCGACUAGAUAACAGUCCAACAAUUACAUGUCAAGCUAGUGGAAAAUUUACUGCACUUGCGGCUACUUGUACUAAAGUCUGUUCAACACCACCUACACUGGCCAAUGGAGAUUUUACUGUGAAGAAUAAUGCAAACCAAUAUGAUAUCAACACUGUAUUAACAUAUACAUGCAACAGUGGUUAUCGACUGGAAAAGAGUCCAUCAAUAACAUGUCAAGCUAGUGGAAAAUUUACUUCACUUGGAGCAGUUUGCACUAAAGUUUGUACAACCCCACCUACACUGGCCAAUGGAGAUUUUACUGUGAAGAAUAAUGCAAACCAAUAUGAUAUCAACACUGUAUUAACAUAUACAUGCAACAGUGGUUAUAGACUGGAUAACAGUCCAACAGCAACAUGUCAAGCUAGUGGACAAUUUACAAAAUUAACUGCUGUAUGUACUAAAGUCUGUUCAACACCACCUACACUUACCAAUGGAGAUUUUACUGUGAAGAAUAAAGCAAACCAAUAUGAUAUCAACACUGUAUUAACAUAUACAUGCAACGGUGGUUAUCGACUAGAUAAGAGUCCAACAAUAACAUGUCAAGCUAGUGGAAAAUUUACUUCACUUGGAGCAGUUUGUACACGUGUUUGUACAACCCCACCUACACUGGCCAAUGGAGAUUUUACUGUGAAGAAUAAUGCAAACCAAUAUGAUAUCAACACUGUAUUAACAUAUACAUGCAACAGUGGUUAUCGACUGGAAAAGAGUCCAACAGUAACAUGUCAAGCUAGUGGAAAAUUUACUUCACUUGCAGCUGUUUGUACAACAGUAUGUUCAACGCCACCUACAUUAGCCAAUGGACGUUUUACUGUGAAGAAUAAUGCAAACCAAUAUGAUAUCAACACUGUAUUAACAUAUACAUGCAACAGUGGUUAUCGAUUGGAUAACAGUGCAACAAUAACAUGUCAAGCUAGUGGCCAAUUUACUUCGCUUGCAGCUACUUGUACUAAAGUUUGUUCAACACCACCUACACUGGCCAAUGGAGAUUUUACUGUGAAGAACAAUGCAAACCAAUAUGAUAUCAACACUGUAUUAACAUAUGUAUGCAACAGUGGUUAUCGACUGGAUAACAGUGCAACAAUAACAUGUCAAGCUAGUGGAAAAUUUACUGCACUUGCAGCUACUUGUACAAAAGUUUGUACAACACCACCUACACUGGCCAAUGGAGAUUUUACUGUGAAGAAUAAUGCAAACCAAUAUGAUAUCAACACUGUAUUAACAUAUACAUGCAACAGUGGUUAUCGAUUGGAUAACAGUGCAACAGUAACAUGUCAAGCUAGUGGACAAUUUACUGCAUUAGCAGCUACUUGUACAAAAGUUUGUACAACACCACCUACACUGGCCAAUGGAGAUUUUACUGUGAAGAAUAAUGCAAACCAAUAUGAUAUCAACACUGUAUUAACAUAUACAUGCAACAGUGGUUAUCGACUGGAUAACAGUGCAACAGUAACAUGUCAAGCUAGUGGACAAUUUACUUCACUUGCAGCUACUUGUACUAAAGUUUGUUCAACACCACCUACACUGGCCAAUGGAGAUUUUACUGUGAAGAAUAAUGCAAACCAAUAUGAUAUCAACACUGUAUUAACAUAUACAUGCAACAGUGGUUAUCGACUGGAUAACAGUGCAACAGUAACAUGUCAAGCUAGUGGACAAUUUUCUUCACUUGCAGCUACUUGUACUAAAGUUUGUUCAACACCACCUACACUGGCCAAUGGAGAUUUUACUGUGAAGAAUAAUGCAAAUCAAUAUGAUAUCAACACUAUAUUAACAUAUACAUGCAACAGUGGUUAUCGACUGGAUAACAGUGCAACAGUAACAUGUCAAGCUAGUGGUCAAUUUACUUCACUUGCAGCUACUUGUACGAAAGUUUGUCUUGCACCUCCUGUCCUGAGUAAUGGAGAGUUUACUCCGAUUAACAAUCCUGCAUAUUAUAACAUUAACUCGCAAGUUACAUAUACAUGCAACAGUGGUUAUCGACUAGAUAACAGUCCAACAAUAACAUGUCAAGCUAGUGGACAAUUUACUGCUCUUGCUGCAACUUGUACUAAAGUAUGCUUGGCACCACCCACUUUGACAAAUGGACAGUUCAGUCCUGUGAAUACACCAGCUCAAUAUGAUAUCAAUGCUGUGCUAACCUACACAUGCAACGCCGGGUAUAAACUGGAAAACUCACCCACCAUAACAUGCCAAAGCACUGGGCAGUUCACUGCACUAUCAGCUACUUGUACAAGAGUAUGUACAACACCACCUACACUGGCCAAUGGAGAUUUUACUGUGAAGGCAAACCAAUAUGAUAUUAACACUGUAUUGACAUAUACAUGCAACAGUGGUUAUCGACUGGAUAACAGUGCAACAGCAACAUGUCAAGCUAGUGGACAAUUUACAACAUUAACUGCUGUUUGCACAAAAGUCUGUUCAACACCACCUGCACUGACCAAUGGAGAUUUUACUGUGAAGAAUAAUGCAAACCAAUAUGAUAUUAACACUGUAUUAACAUAUACAUGCAACAGUGGUUAUCGACUGGAUAACAGUGCAACAGUAACAUGUCAAGCUAGUGGGCAAUUUACUACAUUAACUGCUGUUUGUACCAAAGUUUGUUCAACACCACCUACACUGGCCAAUGGAGAUUUUACUGUGAAGAAUAAUGCAAACCAAUAUGAUAUCAACACUGUAUUAACAUAUACAUGCAACAGUGGUUAUCGACUGGAUAACAGUGCAACAGUAACAUGCCAAGCUAGUGGACAAUUUACUUCGCUUGCAGCUGUUUGUACUAAAGUUUGUUCAACACCACCUACACUGGCCAAUGGAGAUUUUACUGUGAAGAAUAAUGCAAACCAAUAUGAUAUCAACACUGUAUUAACAUAUACAUGCAACAGUGGUUAUCGACUGGAUAACAGUGCCACAAUUACAUGUCAAGCUAGUGGACAAUUUACUUCGUUGGCAGCUACUUGUACCAGAGUAUGUUCAACACCACCCACACUGGCCAAUGGAGAUUUUACUGUGAAGGCAAACCAAUAUGAUAUUAACACUGUAUUAACAUAUACAUGCAACAGUGGUUAUCGACUGGAUAACAGUGCAACAGUAACAUGUCAAGCUAGUGGACAAUUUACUUCACUUGCAGCUACUUGUACUAAAGUUUGUUCAACACCACCUACACUGGCCAAUGGAGAUUUUACUGUGAAGAAUAAUGCAAACCAAUAUGAUAUCAACACUGUAUUAACAUAUACAUGCAACAGUGGUUAUCGACUGGAUAACAGUGCAACAGUAACAUGUCAAGCUAGUGGACAAUUUACCUCGCUUGCAGCUACUUGUACUAAAGUUUGUACAACACCACCUACACUGGCCAAUGGAGAUUUUACUGUAAAGAAUAAUGCAAACCAAUAUGAUAUCAACACUGUAUUAACAUAUACAUGCAACAGUGGUUAUCGACUGGAUAACAGUGCAACAGUAACAUGUCAAGCUAGUGGACAAUUUACUUCACUUGCAGCUACUUGUACCAGAGUUUGUUUAACACCACCUACACUGGCCAAUGGAGAUUUUACUGUGAAGAAUAAUGCAAACCAAUAUGAUAUCAACACUGUAUUAACAUAUACAUGCAACAGUGGUUAUCGACUGGAUAACAGUGCAACAGUAACAUGUCAAGCUAGUGGGCAAUUUACUGCUUUAACUGCUGUUUGUACAAGAGUUUGUUCAACACCACCUACACUGGCCAAUGGAGAUUUUACUGUGAAGAAUAAUGCAAACCAAUAUGAUAUCAACACUGUAUUAACAUAUACAUGCAACAGUGGUUAUCGACUGGAUAACAGUGCAACAAUAACAUGUCAAGCUAGUGGACAAUUUACUGCUUUUACUGCUGUCUGCACUAAAGUUUGUACAACACCACCUACACUGGCCAAUGGGGAUUUUACUGUGAAGAAUAAUGCAAACCAAUAUGAUAUCAACACUGUAUUAACAUAUACAUGCAACAGUGGUUAUCGACUGGAUAACAGUGCAACAGUAACAUGUCAAGCUAGUGGACAAUUUACUUCACUUGCAGCUGUUUGUACAUUAAUUUGUGGUGAACCACCUAUACCAGCCAAUGGAGUUUACGCUGUUGUUAAAACUCCCCCAAUAUUCAACAUUGGAGACCAGAUAUCUUACUCAUGUAACAACGGAUUCAUCUUGCAAGGCACAAGAGUAAAUACAUGCUUUGAACACUGGUUUGUUUGAGUUCACAACAGCUCCAACAUGUUCAAGCUUGCACAGCCAACACAUGCAAGAACAGUGCCCUUUGUUUCCCAACAACCACUUGCUGUAUUUGUGAUGUUUCAAAUAAUGGUUACUUUUGUGAAUGGAGAAUAAUCAACUUGAACGACUACCAAGUAUUGGAAACAACUGUGACAUCACUUUCUGCAGCAUCAGCAGCUUGUACGGCAGUUUACCCGACAGCUGCUCUUGCUAUUCCUGUUACGAAUGAUCGAACAAGUUUGCAAUCUUACCUUGGAUUGUCAUCAAUAUCUGCUGCUGUGUCUCAAUAUACUUGGAUCAAUGUGGUUAAGAUUGGUUCAGCGUGGAUGUAUGGAAGUACCUUCACACAGAUUUCUAAUUCUGACUUGAACUUCUGCGCUGAUGCAACACAAACACAGAGUUGUGUGGUCAUGGAUAGAUCUGGAAGUCCUGCAUAUUGUUGGAGGGAUGUUUCGUGUACAAGUUUCACCGCAAACUCACUGUGUGCGAGAACUACUUUCAAGGAUACCUGUUUUUAAUUUGUGCCAAUAUAUUUUUUCAGUUUGUUGUUUUUCUUGUCAUAUAUUGCAUUAUAUUAUAUUUCAUGUUUAUCGCAAAAAGGCUGUAAUGAAUGAGUUUGUGCAUUGUAA